CAGACUUCAGACCUUCUCUCUCGCACUCUCGCCUCUCGGCUUCUCCUCUCAGUCCUCUGCUCUCUGUCUCUAAAGUAUGAUGUCUGAAUCUCUUUAAUCUUGAUUCUCUUCUAGUCUUCUUCUUCCCCCGGAGUUCGGAGUUCUCUGUUCUCUGAAGAGUGAAGUCCGAAUCUCUUCUUCUUCGAGUUCUAGAGAGUAGAGAGUAGAGACCUCUCUUCUCUGUUCUCUCCGGACUCAGGUGACGCUGUGACGGCGGAGUGCUGGAACCGUGGAGCUUAGUUCUCUGUUCUCUCCGGACGCCUGGUGACGCUGUGACAGACUGAACUGUUUUUGCAGUUCUAUUGUAAGUGUGUUUUCUAGAGCAAGGGGGCGAUGCUUUGAUUCACUUUCAGUGCUCUAUCUGUUAAAUUGUCUUCGGCACUCUUUAAAGUCUUUUGGUACGGUGCCACUUGUUUCAAAAUGGGGCGAUUAAGACUACAAUCUAACAUCAACGCAAUUGAAGAGGAACCAGAAGAUUGUGAGGCUGCCUCCUCCAGUAAAAAUGCUUUAGCAUGCAUGAUAAAUUCAGAGGUAAGUGCUGUGUUGGCAGUGAUGAGAAGGAAUAUGAGGUGGGGUGGUCGAUUUGUGUCAGGGGAUGACCAGCUAGAACACUCCUUAAUCCAGUCCCUGAAGACACUGCGAAAGCAGAUAUUUUCCUGGCAACAACAAUGGCAAACUAUUAACCCAGCAUUGUAUCUUCAACCAUUUCUAGAAGUUAUUCGAUCGGAUGAAACUGGGGCACCGAUCACUGGUGUUGCCUUGUCAUCUGUCUACAACAUUUUGACUCUUGAUGUAAUUGAUCUGAACACCACCAAUGUUGAAGAUGCUAUGCACUUGGUUGUCGAUGCUGUGACUAGCUGCAGAUUUGAGGUUACUGAUCCUGCAUCAGAAGAAGUUGUACUCAUGAAAAUACUUCAAGUCCUUUUGGCUUGCAUGAGAAGCAAAGUCUCGGUUGUCUUGAGUAAUCAACAUGUUUGCACCAUUGUCAAUACCUGCUUUCGAGUAGUUCAUCAAGCUGGAACGAAAGGUGAGCUCUUGCAACGGAUAGCACGGCACACCAUGCAUGAACUUGUGAGGUGUAUCUUCUCUCACCUUCCCGAAGUUGACAACACACAAUGCUCAUUAGUUAAACGGGGCAGUUCUACAAAACAUGAGGUUUCUGGCCUAGAUGGUGAUUACGGUUUCAGUAGUAAGUCAGAGAAUGGUACAGGUUCUUCUGAAUAUGAUAGCCAACCACCUUCAGGAGGUUUUGCUUCUUCUGGAUCCACAGGCUUGCAGAGUGCUGCAAUGGACGACAGCAUGGUCAUAAGUGAUUAUGGGAAGGAUACCGUUCCUUAUGAUUUACAUCUAAUGACUGAGCCAUAUGGGGUCCCUUGUAUGGUUGAGAUAUUUCAUUUCCUGUGCUCAUUGCUGAAUGUUGUUGAACAUAAGGGAAUGGGCCCUAGAGCAAACACUAUAGCAUUUGAUGAAGACGUCCCUCUAUUUGCUCUAGGUUUGAUCAACUCAGCAAUUGAACUAGGCGGUAUGGCUAUUCGGAAUCAUCCUAGAUUAUUGAGUUUGGUACAGGAUGAACUAUUCCGUAAUCUCAUGCAAUUUGGCUUGUCAAUGAGUCCGUUGAUUCUUUCAAUGGUCUGUAGCAUUGUUCUAAAUCUCUAUCAGCAUUUGCGUACUGAACUGAAACUGCAGCUUGAGGCUUUCUUUUCUUGUGUGGUAUUGAGGCUUGCACAAAGUCGUUAUGGGGCUUCAUACCAGCAGCAGGAGGUUGCAAUGGAGGCUCUUGUUGACUUUUGUAGACAGAAAACAUUUAUGGUAGAGAUGUAUGCAAAUUUGGAUUGUGAUAUAACUUGUGGAAAUGUUUUUGAAGAACUUGCUAAUCUAUUGUCGAAAAGUGCUUUUCCUGUGAAUUCUCCUUUGUCUGCCAUGCACAUUCUUGCUUUAGAUGGAUUGAUUGCUGUAAUUCAGGGAAUGGCUGAGAGGAUAAGCAAUGGAUCAUAUAAUUCAGAACCACAUAUAAUAAAUCUUGAUGAGUAUACUCCGUUCUGGAUGGUAAAAUGUGAGAACUAUAGUGAUCCUGAUCAUUGGGUACCAUUUGUACGGAGGAGGAAGUAUAUCAAAAGGAGAUUAAUGAUUGGAGCUGAUCACUUUAAUCGAGAUCCAAAGAAAGGGUUAGAAUUUCUCCAAGGAACACACCUUUUGCCUGAAAAACUUGAUCCACAAAGUGUGGCUUGCUUUUUUAGGUUUACUGCAGGGCUAGACAAGAACCUUGUUGGAGAUUUUCUUGGAAACCACGAUGAGUUUUGUGUUCAGGUUCUUCAGGAGUUUGCUGGAACAUUUGAUUUUCAAGACAUGAACUUAGAUACUGCUUUACGUUUGUUUUUGGAGACUUUCCGAUUGCCCGGAGAAUCCCAAAAGAUACAGAGAGUGCUUGAGGCUUUUUCAGAAAGAUACUAUGAGCAAUCACCACAGAUUUUAGCUAAUAAAGAUGCUGCUCUAUUAUUGUCAUAUUCCCUGAUAAUGCUUAACACUGACCAGCAUAAUGUACAGGUGAAGAAGAAGAUGACAGAAGAGGAUUUCAUUCGAAAUAAUAGACACAUAAAUGGAGGCAAUGACCUCCCUCGUGAGUUUUUGACGGAACUCUAUCAUUCAAUCUGCAGCAAUGAGAUCCGCACAACACCAGAACAAGGUGCUGGUUUUGCAGAAAUGACACCCAGCCGUUGGAUUGAUUUGAUGAGUAAAUCUAAGAAAACUUCUCCAUAUAUAGUGUGUGAUUCCAGAGCAUACCUCGACCAUGAUAUGUUUGCCAUAAUGUCUGGUCCAACUAUUGCUGCCAUCUCAGUGGUGUUUGAUCAUGCUGAACAUGAAGAUGUUUACCAGACAUGUAUUGAUGGAUUCUUAGCUGUUGCAAAGAUAUCUGCUUGCCAUCAUCUUGAAGAUGUUUUGGAUGAUUUGGUGGUAUCACUCUGUAAGUUCACAACGCUUUUGAAUCCUUCAGCUGUUGAAGAGCCUGUUUUAGCUUUUGGUGAUGAUGCAAAAGCAAGGAUGGCAACUGUUACAGUUUUCACUAUUGCAAACAAAUAUGGUGACUUUAUCCGCACUGGCUGGAGAAACAUUUUGGAUUGCAUCUUGAGAUUGCACAAGCUUGGCCUUCUACCUGCUCGUGUGGCAAGUGAUGCAGCUGAUGACUCUGAGAUAUCUUCUGAACCUGGACAUGGGAAGCCUCUCACGAAUUCAUUAUCUUCUGCCCAUAUACAAUCUAUAGGCACACCUAAAAGAUCUUCUGGGCUAAUGGGCCGAUUUAGUCAACUCCUAUCUUUAGAUACAGAAGAGCCAAGGUCCCAACCUACUGAGCAACAACUUGCAGCUCAUCAACGCACACUUCAGACAAUUCAAAAGUGUCACAUAGACAGUAUCUUUACUGAAAGCAAAUUUCUGUUAGCUGAUUCUUUAUUACAGCUUGCACGGGCACUUAUAUGGGCUGCAGGGAGACCUCAAAAGGGCAGUAGUUCUCCUGAAGAUGAAGACACUGCGGUAUUCUGCUUGGAAUUGCUGAUUGCGAUUACCUUGAACAAUCGGGAUAGAAUUGGUCUUCUUUGGCAAGGAGUUUAUGAUCAUAUUGCUAAUAUUGUUCAUUCAACAGUAAUGCCUUGUGCUCUAGUUGAAAAGGCUGUUUUUGGGCUCCUCCGUAUCUGCCAGAGGUUGCUCCCCUACAAAGAGAACUUGGCUGAUGAACUUUUGAGAUCACUUCAACUGGUUCUCAAGCUUGAUGCCCGUGUUGCUGAUGCAUAUUGUGAACAAAUUACUCAAGAAGUCAGUCGUUUGGUUAAAGCGAAUGCCACUCACAUUCGUUCUCAGACUGGCUGGCGCACAAUAGCAUCUUUACUUUCUAUCACAGCUAGACAUCUAGAAGCAUCUGAAGUGGGAUUUAAUGCCCUACUAUUCAUCAUGUCUGAUGGAGCACAUUUGUCACCAGCUAAUUAUGUCCUUUGCAUUGAUGCAGCAAGACAAUUUGCAGAAUCUCGUGUUGGCCAAGCUGAUAGAUCUGUUAGUGCUGUGGAUCUUAUGGCAAGUUCCGUUUCUUGUUUGACAUCAUGGUCGAAAGAUACUAGAGAAGCUAUGGCAGAGACAGAAGCUCUAAAAUUGUCUCAAGAUAUCGGGGAGAUGUGGCUGAGGCUUGUACAGGGGCUGAGAAAAGUUUGUCUGGACCAAAGGGAAGAAGUAAGAAAUCAUGCUCUUCUGUCACUUCAGAAGUGCUUGACAGGAGUUGAUGAUAUGUACCUCCCACACGGUUUGUGGUUGCAAUGCUUCGAUAUGGUUGUCUUCACAGUUUUGGAUGACUUGAUCGAAAUUUCACAGGGACACUCCCAGAAAGACUAUAGAAACAUGGAAGGUACACUCGUCCUCGCACUGAAGCUCCUGAAUAAGGUGUUUCUACAGUUACUCCCCAAGCUCUCUCAAUUAACUACCUUCUGCAAACUGUGGCGAGGUGUCCUCAACCGGAUGGAGAAAUACAUGAAGGUGAAAGUCAGAAACAAGAAAAGCGACAAGCUUCAAGAAUUAGUACCCGAGCUCCUGAAGAACACUUUACUCGUAAUGAAGACAAGUGGAGUACUCGUUCAGAGGAGUGCUCUAGGUGGAGAUAGCCUGUGGGAUUUGACAUGGUUGCACGUGAACAACAUUCUUCCAUCUCUGCAGUCUGAAGUUUUCCCCGAUCAAGAUCCAGAGCAAGCACAGCGUAUUCAAGGUGAACCAGCUCGAAGCCCUGUCUCUACUGAAACCGACUCUACUGUAAACGAAUAGCAUUAUUUGAUGACAAACCGGAUUUAUCUCGUUAAUGUUCUUUUACCUUGAUUGGGGUUGUGACACAGUUUCUGGACCAUUUUGGUCCUGGAAGAAGAGUGUAGAGAUGAAUGCUUGCUUGCAUGAUGAUUUCUUUUUGAGGAUUUUCAAUCCUGCUGCAAUAGGCAUAUAUUGUAUCAGACUGCCAUUUUGUACAUAACUAUGUAACCUUUGUUUCUGUAGUUCUACCAAGUUACCACUUCUAGUGUGA